AUGAGUCAGCCACAGCAUCAGAUUGAAGUUUGUAGUGAAUGCGAUGAGAAAGCUGACUGGUAUUGUGUACAAGAUGAUUCCAAUUUUUGUAAUGAACACAACUUAGUCGUACAUGCGCCAAAAGCGCUCAAAAAUCAUGAAAGAGUACCAAUUGGUGAGAAGCAAAACAAUAUGAAACCAUCGAACUGUCAAAAUCACCAUAUGCCAUUGUGUUUGUAUUGUGUAACGUGCAAGCAUCCAGUCAAGUCUGUUGUCGAUGUAGUAGAUGACGUAAAAACGGAACUGAAACAGCAAAUUAAAAAACUGCGACCUGUAGCCAUUGCUUGCGAAGUUGAAGCGGAAACAUUGGAGAAAAUAAUACAAGAUAUCAAUGAUAGUGAAGCUAGAAGUGGCGAAAGCAUUGAAAAAGAAUUUGGACAUCUUGUGAACCUUCUCAGCACAACAAAAAAGAGGCUGAGAGAAGAAUUGAAGCGGAAGUCGCAGAUUUGUCGUGACAAUGUGCACUCUCGUCAAGAGAAGCUGAACAAUGUGAAAUCAAGUUUGAACAGGGGUCUCAGAGAAGCUGAACAUACUUUUUCCAGUCAAGCUAUUGCACAAACUAUUGCAAGUGCAGGCUGUGUCGUGGAAGCACCGAAUCGUAUCUCCAUGAAAACAUCAUCGUUAGCGUUGAAUACAUGGAUUCCAGUGGCCAGCAUGUCAUCAGCACGUCGUCACCACACUGCAACUUUAUUAUCAUCCGGGAAAGUAUUAGUAGCAGGUGGUCAUAGUUCGAAUUCUUUGUCGAGUUGCGAAGUGAAUGAUCCUCCAUCGAAUAGAUGGACUCCAGUCGCCAGCAUGUCAUCACCACGAUUUUGGCACACUGCAACUUUAUUAUCAUCCGGGAAACUAUUAGUAACAGGUGGUUAUACUGAUUCGAAUUCUUUGUCGAGUUGCGAAGUGUAUGAUCGUCCAUCGAAUACAUGGACUCCAGUCGCCAGCAUGUCAUCAGCACAUGGUUACCACACUGCAACGUUAUUAUCAUCCGGGAAAGUAUUAGUAACAGGUGGUGAUGGUCAUUUGUCGAGUUGCGAAGUGUAUGAUCCUCCAUCGAAUACAUGGACUCCAGUCGCCAGCAUGUCAUCAGCACAUGGUUACCACACUGCAACUUUAUUAUCAUCCGGGAAAGUAUUAGUAACAGGUGGUGAUGGUCGUUUGUCGAGUUGCGAAAUGUAUGAUCCUCCAUCGAAUAGAUGGACUCCAGUCGCCAGCAUGUCAUCAGCACAUGGUUACCACACUGCAACUUUAUUAUCAUCCGGGAAAGUAUUAGUAACAGGUGGUGGUGGUGAUGGACCUUCCUCGAGUUGCGAAGUGUACGAUUGGUAG